UAUAAUCUGUUACUAUAGACAGCCUAUAUUAUGAAAAUACAAGACGGAAAAAUAAUGGUGUAAAUAAUACAUUAAGCCAAGAUGCAGUCAAAUUAUCUUUCGAAUUCUACACUGCAGUCGAUAUCUAACCAGGAACAUGGAUGUUUUCGACAAACAAUAUCGUAUCUAUCGUAUAAUAUUAAAAAUUGUAGGAUUGUGGCCAUACGAUAAAUCAAUCUUUGUAUGGAUUCAAAGAACAUGUUUCUUACUGUAUUUUCUUAUCGGUAUAAUAUUUCAGAUUAUCGUGCUUCUAAACUCUGAAAUUACAUUACGAAAUUAUGUUGUUACGUUGUCUGCAAUUUUUCCUUUACUGCUAUUUUUUUUACGAUAUAUUUAUUAUAUUACAAUUUUUCCAUACCUACAACAUUUAUUCGAUUACAUACGUACAGAAGAACAUCUGUUACAAGACACGAUAGAAAUACAAAUACAAACGAAAUAUCUCGAUAUUUCUAGUCAUAUCAUCCAUAUUUUUUGUUGCGUGACUUUCGCUUUUAUUGUAGCGACUAUCAUAUUCCUAGUAAAUCCUGUAAUACUGGAUCUAAUAAUGCCUUUAAACGAAUCUCGCGCUCAUUUCAAUGUUUCAUUUAUUUUCGGCGAUCAAAACGCAUAUAUUAAAAUCUUUUUAAGCUUAAAUUUCAUGUUAAAUCUAUUAUUCGGAUUAUUAUCUAUAACGGGUACAGAAUCGUUUUGUAAUAUUUUGAGUUACUAUAUAUGCAGACGAUUUAAUAUCGCCAGGUAA